GUUGCUCCCGCAACCGGAUCAACCGUUGAAGAUGAGACUCGAUCAAAUGAGAUGAGUGUGUUCCUUAAUAUUACUGUCAAGUAAUAAUCUUUCGGGGCAGUUUUGCAGUUUUGUGGCGACAAUGUUUUUCUUACACCAAAUAUGUUUACAUGGAGCAUUGCAUAAGUGGGUGGUCUGUUACAGGAACUGAACUAAAAGGACAAGGACUCUCAGCAUUUCGCAAGCGGAAGUGUUGACCAUUGGUCCCAAUGAGUCAUGUUGAGAAUAAGAUGUGGAUAAGAACCGUCAGCUCUUCUGAAAGAACAAACCUCAGUGAAUUAUGUUCUGUUGCAUCAGACCAUUAUUCGUUGAUCAGAUGAGCAGAAAAACAACCCCAUUAACCCGUUCUGUAAGCAUUUGAUCUUCUCUGGAGACACAAUAUGAUCUUCGUCACUGCAGAAAAACUACAUUUUGUUUGUUUUUUGUCACUAGGUUUAUUGAGUCUGCCACUGCUUACAGAAUGUAAUAAAAUUCGGUUGGUUGGGACUUCGCGCUGCUCUGGCAGAGUGGAGGUCUACAACAACGACGUUUGGGGAACGGUGUGUGACGACCAGUGGAGCACUACCAACGCUGACGUGGUUUGUCGAGAGUUGAAAUGUGGGACGGUUCUUGAGGCCAAAAAAGGCGCGUUUUUCGGAGAGGGAGAGGGCCAGAUCUGGUUGGAUGACGUGCAGUGUCUUGGUAGUGAGUCUUCCAUCCUUAAGUGCUCACACAGACCACUUGGGGAGAAUAACUGUGGCCACUCUGAAGAUGCCGGGGUUAUCUGUUCAGAACAUGUGAGAGUGGUCAAUGGAACCAAUCGGUGUAAUGGCAGAGUGGAAGUCUACCACGAUGACAAAUGGAACAGAAUGUGCACCAGUGAGGGGAAGGCGGCGGUCUCUGAAGUUGUGUGCCGAGAGACCAACUGCGGCAGCGCUGUCACUCCGGCUGAAGCCCCAUAUUUUGGAGAGGCCAUGUUGCUUGGUGAAGUCAACUCCAUAUGCUUCGGAAAUGAGAGCUCCCUCUCGCAGUGCAAACAUCAGGAAUUCAAGGAGAACUGUGUCGAUGCCACCGUCGUCUGUUCAAACAGUAAACCCAUUCGACUGUUGAACGGGACUGGCCGGUGCUCUGGUCGACUGGAAAUCUAUCACGAGGGACAGUGGGGAACGAUCUGUGAUGACAGGUGGGGGAUGCAGGAAGCGACCGUUACGUGUCGCGAGUUGGACUGUGGGGCCGCUCUCUCGGUCAAGUUCAAGGCCCACUUCGGCAGAGGUAAAGGUCAGGUGUGGUUGGACGACCUUGAGUGUACGGGUCAUGAGAUGUCCAUCGCCGACUGCCCACACAGAGGUUUUGGAGAACAUGACUGUGACCACAAUGAAGAUGCCAGUGUCAUAUGCUCAGAAUUUAUCAGAUUGGUCAACGGGACUGACCGCUGCUCUGGCAGAGUCGAGGUCUUCCAUGACGGCAAAUGGGCAAAAAUUUGUAAAAACUGGGGCAAUAAAGAGGCCGCAAUGGUGUGUCAGGAACUGGGUUGUGGGUCACCAAAAGCAUCUCAAGAAAUCUUCCAUUUUGGUGACAGCGGACUGAGAGGGUACACAAGCAGAUGCGCUGACAAUGUGAGCUCCAUCUCCCAAUGCACAUUUGAGAAUUACAUGGGGAGAUGUGAGGGGGCUUCUAUUUCAUGUUCAGGUAUUCCAUCCAUCAGGCUUGUCAACGGCACUGACCGGUGCUCCGGUAGGGUGGAGGUUCAGAAUGACGGCCUGUGGGGAACGGUGUGUGAUGACGAUUGGGACAUCAAAGAUGCUCAGGUGGUGUGCAGAUCCGUGGACUGUGGAACAGCUCUGACUGCCAAAAGCGGUUCCUUCUUUGGUCCAGGCCAAGGAGAUAUCAUGCUGGAUGAUUUGGGCUGCUUCGGUAAUGAGACGUCCCUUUUCCACUGUCGACAUCCCACCAUCGGAGAAAGUAACUGUGGCCAUUCUGAAGAUGCCGGUGUGGUGUGCUCAGCUGACAUCAGACUGAUCAAUGGGACGGAUCAGUGCUCAGGCAGAGUGGAGUUCUACCAUGGAGGAAAAUGGUCAUCAGCAUCUAGCCAGCACUGGGGAACGAAUGAAGUUGCGGUGGUGUGCAGAGAGAUGAACUGUGGAAAUCCCGUCCAGUUUUCCGGAUCGUAUGGUCGAGGCGGACAACUCAGUUGGCAUACGGUCAGUUGUAGCGGUAGAGAGACCUCUCUGGCACAGUGCACUUUCGGGCCGUAUGCCAGGAGCAGCCAGGAUCGCACUGAAGAGGCGUCUGUCACAUGUUCAGGUAACGUAAAGCUGUCCGAUGGACACCAUCGUUGUAUCGGACGCGUAGAGUUCUUCGACAAAGGCCAGUGGGGGGGCGUGUGUGGUGAAGCCUGGGAUGCGAACGACGCAAAUGUGGUGUGCAGACAGCUGAACUGCGGAAGGAACCAUAAGAUUACCACCAACGCCGAGUUUGGCCGUGGCUCAGGACCCAUCUGGAAUAGUCAGAUUGAAUGCAAUGGAUUGGAGUCGAGCCUGAGUCAAUGCCCACAAAGGCCAUUUAGGGACAAAACUUGCAACACCACCUUAGUUGCUGGUGUUGUCUGCACGGGGAGUUUGGAGGCCCGGUUGAUUGGUGGUAAGGAUGAGUGCCAAGGCAGAGUGGAGGUUCGUCAUGGCGAAGUGUGGCAAACGGUGUGCGACACGGACUGGAACAUGAGCAAAGCUCAGAUGGUGUGUGAGUGGCUGGAAUGCGGAAAUGCACUCACCGCUCCCGGCGCUGCCACUUUCGGCCAAGGCAUCGGAUCAGUAGUCGAGGCUGAUUCCUGCUUCGACAAUGUGACAACUCUUCAGCAAUGCUCAGUUAAAGGUUUCAGAGGAGCCAGGUGUGGUCACGACCAUGAUGCUGGCGCCAGCUGUGCAUCACCGAUUCGGUUGGUGGGCGGCUCAGGUCAAUGCUCCGGUAGGGUGGAGGUCUUCUAUAAAAGCAAGUGGGGCACCGUGUGCGAUGAUGAAUGGGAACUCGCCAAUGCCGACGUGGUGUGCCGACAGCUCGGCUGUGGUCAUGCGGUCUCUGCUCCCUCAAGUGCCCACUUUGGCAGAGGCACUGGUCCAAUAUGGCUGGAUAAUGUGGAGUGCGAAGGCCAGGAGGCCGCUCUCACACACUGUAAGCAUCCUGGUAUUGGACAAAAUAACUGCGGCCACGGAGAGGAUGCCAGCGCUAUUUGUUUAGGUUCUCUAGAGAUGCCCGUAAUAACGUUGAGCCCUGCCGCAGAGGUGAAAUGGGGGGACAGAGUUGAGAUCACAUGCACUGUACUAACACAACAAUUGGGCGGGACAUUCGUCCUGAAAAGGACCCAAGACUCAGUAAAAGUUGAAAGAUUCUCUGAGAACGAAGCCGCAACCUUUGUCUUGCCAAACGUCGACUUCAGCCAAUCGGGGUCAUACUACUGUGAAUAUCAAAAGAAAUUGCCGAACCAAGUCAUCUUUUACCCUCCAGGAGCUACUGCGGAUCUCACUGUCACAGUAAAACUAGAGAAGCCCAGCAUCUCCCUGACAUCUCCCCACGCAAUGGUGAUCUAUAGCCCUGACAAGAUAUCGGUGCCCCAAGGCAGCAGCUUCUCCGUCACAUGCUCCAUCCAUUCCAGCUAUCCUGGAGGCAUCUUCUAUCUGAAAGAGGCCCACUUGAACACCAGUAAAGCGAUUCCAGCAUUUGACCACUCCGUAUUCUUCAUGGCAUACUUUGACUUCCCAGAGAUAGAUUAUAAGAGCCAGGGAGAGUAUUCCUGUGUCUACGCUGUUAACGUUUCCACAAGGUUCUUUUCUUCUGAUCCCUCCAAGUCACUGCAAGUAACCGUUGUCGCGACAUCCUCCUCAGUCGCCUUGGGGGCUGUUGGGGGGGUUCUUGUGGUGCUGCUACUUGCGCUGGCUAUUGGUUUCUUGCUCUGGAGAAGGAGAAGGAUGGGUGCUGGUACCCUGGUUCAGUUCGUCAAUAGGUUUGGGGGAGCAAUAAACCAAGAUACUGAAGACAUGAACAGUGGAAGAGGCCCAAAUACACCAGUGAAGGAGCAGAAACACAGUCGCGGCGCAGAAGACAACGAUGCUGAUGGCGAUACGUCCAUUGAGAGCGUCUCUGAAGAGUUGGUUGGGCGAGUGUGUUAUGAGCUUGAACCACUCGUUUUCUCGUGAUGACCAAACGCCUCAAUCAAUAACCCAAGUCAUGCGUAACACCCACAGCACCCGGCUGAGAAACCGGGCGUUUAUGACUCUCUUUAUCAACACAUCCUGGUGUACAAUUAUCCCUGCAAUAAAGAGAGAAGAGAUACGAUGUGAUUUUAAAUAACAUACUUAUGGCUUUCGUAUACAGGCAGCACUUAUUUUCCUGCUUAUUUCUAAAGUGACUUUUUUUUUUCUUGAAUUUUCCACCAAUCACAAAGCCAAGGUCCACUGUCUUGUGGGAAGAUGCUGAUUACAUUGUCUUUGUAUUGUUUGAACAUUUGCUGUAUUUCUUUAAUGUGAUCUGAACAAUACAUUUGUAUUUCUUACAACA